AAAUAAAUAUUCAUGAAUAUAGGAAUGGAGGAAUCGGAUCAAAAUAAUAGGGUAAGAUGGAACAACAGUGAAGUAGAUAAAUGUUUUCUCGAUGCGUGUAUUCAAGAAGUUGCUCUAAAUGGUAGAGAAGGAGAUAGUCUGAAGUCAGAAUCUUGGACCAAAAUUAUGAAUACUUUGAAGAAAAAUCAUAACUUUGUAGUUUGUCAAAGACAAAUGAAGAAUCGAUAUGACUACUUAAAACAAAAGUAUCAAGCUUGGUUGCCGUUAACUAUGAAAACAGGCAAUAUUUACAAUCAUGCCACCAACACCAUCAACAUGACAAAGGAAGAGUGGACAGAGUAUAUAAAGGCUCAUCCUAAGGCAAAGAGCUUAAGACUUGCACCCUACCUUAUCCUGACCUUUGUAGAGCCCUAUUCGACGGUGCCACUGCUACAGGUGUUCAUUCUUGGGGACCUAGUUCCCAAGAUCAAAAUCCUGGUGUUACCUCAUUUUCUUCGAGUAAUGUCCGGAAUGUGGAACAAAGUGACAUAGAAGAUAAUUCUUUUUGUGAUGAAGAUGGAAAUUUUAGGGAUACCAGAGGGACUCAAACUAAUGAUUUCUCUCAUCGUUCUCAAGGAGAAAAGCCCAAAAAGAAAAGGAAAAAUAGUCAACCCUUGCCCAGUGAUACUAAUUUAAUAAAUGAGAUGUCAGCAGCUUUAAAGUUUAUAAUUAAAAAUAAUAGUGGGCCUUCAGUUACAGAUUGUAUUGCUAAAUUGGAUGAACUUGAAUGGGAUAAGGAGGACAUCUUAUAUGUUUCAGCUGUUGUAAUCUUUGGCAGUUGUGCGGGACAUAGAGAAGCUUGGAUGGCGCUUCCUAAGGAUAAUGUCGGAGUUCUGAAAGCAUGGAUUAAAAGAAUUAGACAAAAUACGGGAUUUGAAGUUUAAUUUGCAAUGGCUUAUGUAUCAUAUUUUAAGAAUUUAGUAGUAUUUUGUGUUGAUGGAUUUGUUUUAAGUUUCGUAAGUUCUUGCAAACUUUUUAUGUUAUUAGUUUCAAUUUUAGUAUAGACUUGUUUAUUUGGUACUUUUUAUAAUAAACUUGUUUUACAUUUACCUUGUGAAUUGAAUUCGCUUUAUGAUUCAAUAUUUUGCUAAUGAUAGUUUACAUUCUCAAAUAUUUAAUGUAUUGAUCAUUUUUGUUAAUAGGUCAAAUAUGGAAAUUUACGAGAUUAUGAUAUUGAUGAUGAUCUAUUGGUACACACAAGUUAGACCGAGAUAUUUGAUGCGUGUACCAAGAAACAGAGAUAACAAUUCAGCAUUGUGGGGACAUGCUUACACAUUGGAGCUCUUGUCUGGAUCAGAUACACAAUGUAUUGAGUUAAUGCGCAUGUCCCGUGUUGCAUAUAUCUGUUUGAGCAUGCAUAUUAGACAACGAGGGUGGCUGCAUGAUAGUAGACAUGUAUCAGUAGAAGAAAAAAUGGUA